UAUGAUGUUUUCUCUCCCAUUUGUCUGCUGUGCUAAAACCAACAAAUUUCUCUCAGAUCAAGGAUUUGACGUUGGCCACAUGCUGUGUUGAUAGAAAUGGCAGUUUUAAUAGUUGAUACUCUGGAACUGGGUUUUCUCCCUCUGUUUAUGUCCGUUGUUAGUUGCAGGGAGAGCUGUAAUGUCAAAAUUAGAGCUGUUGGUACAGUGGAUAAUUUUAAAGGCUUGUCUCUAAAAGAUACCCUCAUCUUUAUGCCUCAAAAUUACACAAAUACUUUUUCUCUUGUUGCCAAAAUUGCUUUCAUGGGCCUCACUAUUUCUGUUUGUCAAGAAUGUUUUUCUUCAUGGUGGCCUUCAGGCUUCAGAAGAAGUUUACAACUUUACAUGGAGUAGUCUCCUCAGUUUUGAACAAAUGAAACAAUGAGGACGACAUCUCCCAGCUCAAGGCACAACUUGAUUAUAUAUUCCAAGACAAUAUUUACGGAAAUCAAAAUAUAUAUUUUUGGAAUGGAAGUAGCUUCUAAGAGUAGUAGAGUCUUGCUGUAUUUCAGAGAAAAUAUGCACUUGAUAUUCUUACAGUUUCUUGCUGACAUUGUUUUGUUGUGUUCCCAUUCUUAGCUUCAUGGAUCAUAAUUAGAAGCUCUUACCCGAACAAGAUGACACGCAAUCGGACCAAGAACCAUACAGAUGGCUUGUUUGUUGGAAGACUGAAUUACCCGACAACCAAUGGUCCAGAUAUUUCUUAUGCGUUUUAAGAGCUGUUUGGACGACAUAAUUUCCAAAGCGGUCACGGGCAAUGAUCAAGAAUGUCUUUUCACAGCCCAUAAGGCUCUCCACUACAGACUCCAAUCCAUACUCAGAAGCUUGUAUGCAUUUCUCCACAACAUGGCUUCCACUCUUCUUCAGAGCCAGGUGUAUGAAAUGCCUCUUGAGGCGAUCACAUAUUUUUCGUGUGAUUUCGUUGUUUUUAAGCAUCAGAACUUCCUGGACGACAUGGUUCCUGUCAGAACGGAAGAAGAUACAACAUAAGUUUCAUCAUUCAGCCGAAGAGUACAAAACUUGUGAGUUAAAAUUCAGAUUCGUUUCAGAAAAACAUGUACCCGUAAGGAUCGUAUGACAGGAACUCCGAUUCUUCUGCUAUAUUUUCCAGCAGUUGAAGUCUAUGGACACCACAGAUGCAACUUAGGCAUAUAUUCAAUGAUGCACACCCAUAUACUGAUGUUGCCAGCUCUCUGAAGUAACAUACUGUACUAUUGAAUAAGACCUGCAGUAAGUUGGGAAAUUAAUUUUGUAAAAUGUAGUAGUAACAUAAUGUACUGCUUUCAUGAACUAUUCAAAGGUCAAAUCAUAUCUUCUUUUUCUAUAUAUCUGACAAAAAGAAAAUAGUAAUUGCCUC